UUCAGUUAUUGUGUGAGAGACUAGGUCUAUGGACUCAUGGUCAUUCUUUUCCAAUAGGUACUUCGUUAAAGUCGUUUAUUUCUAAACUCCUCUACACACAUUGUUGUUUUGAUAAGUAAUAUUAUUCAUAAUUGUUCAAUAUGGCACUCGAUUUGCAUCGGAAGUACAUCGAGAAAAAACAAGAGAGUGCUCCUUUGGUACCGAUUAAAGACAUUGUAAAUUCUAAAUACUACGUGGAUCCUCUGGAGCUUUUAGGUGAACGGAGUUUUAACGAACCACGGGAAAUUGAUGAGUCCGAAGUUGGGACUCCAAUACAAGAGUUUUUCCGUGAUGGGGUGAUAUUUUUGACCGGCGGCACAGGCUUUAUGGGCAAGGUUCUAUUAGAAAAGUUACUCAGAACGUGUCCUCAUAUCAAGCAUAUUUAUUUGUUGAUUCGAUCUAAAAAAGGCAAAAACGUUGAACAACGAAUGGAAGAUAUAUUCGAAGAUCGGCUUUUCAAACGAUUAAAAUAUGAAGUGCCUAAGUAUUAUCAUAAAGUUUCUGGGGUAGCAGGUGAUUGUAGUUUACCAGGUCUUGGGCUAAGUGUCAGCAGUCGUAAUACAUUGAUCAAUGAAGUGAACAUUAUAUUUCAUGGUGCUGCUACCGUCCGUUUUGAUGAACACAUUCGUGUAGCAAUGAAUAUAAACGUUUCAGGAACAAGAGAAUUAUUAAACCUGGCAAAGAAAAUAAGAAACUUGAAGGUAAUGGCACACGUAUCCACGGCGUACGCUAACUGUAAUCGAUCACAAGUCGAUGAACAAUUUUACGACCCUAUUUCUGACUACGAAGACAUUUUAAAGUUGGUAGCUUCUACCGACGAUCAAGCACUGCAAGAUAUGACUAAAAAACUUAUUGGAGAUUUACCAAACACUUACGCGUUUACGAAGUCCUUGGCAGAAGAUGCGAUCCGAAGAGAAGCACAAGACCUUCCAAUAUUGGUGUUCCGACCAACUGUUGUGAUUGCUACUUAUCGAGAACCAGUAAGAGGUUGGAUAGAUAAUGUAUAUGGUCCUACGGGCCUUGUAGUUGGAGCUGGUACUGGAGUCCUUCAUACAUACUUUGGUAAUACCAAUGUAGUUACUGACAUGAUCCCGGUUGACAUGGUUGUCAAUGCUCUUAUUAGUGCUACAAAAGAAACUGCCACAAAUAGAAAAGUAGACGAAAUACCGAUAUACACAUGUUCAAGCUCGAAACAAAAACCAGUUAAAUGGAAUGAGUUCAUAGAGAUGAACAGACGUCAUGGAAUUUAUUGGCCAACUAUUCGAGCAAUCUGGUAUUAUUCGUUUUGGGCUACCAACAAUCCAUUCCUUUACGCGUUAUUAAAUUUUUUAUGCCACAUCGUUCCUGGGUACAUACUGGACACAUUAGCUGUUCUGGCUGGACAAAAACCAAUAUUACUUAAAAUUUAUAAGAAGAUUGAUAAAGUACGAGAUAUAUUAGCAUAUUUCUCCGACAAAGAAUGGACGUUCACCAACCAUAGGUUAAUGGCGCUAUGGGAAACACUCAGUAGCCAAGAUAAAGAACUAUUUAACUUUGACAUAAAUCAACUGUCUUGGGAAUACUUUAGUCAAGCACAUUGUCUUGGUUUAAGAGUUUAUUUAGUUAAAGAUGACAUCCACACAUUGCCUGCAGCCAGGAAAAAAUGGGAAAAAUUAUACAUUGCACACAAUGCAUUGUUGCUAUUUGUAUAUGCCUUCUUGAUAUUCUGUGCAUGGAAUUUUAUCAGUUUGUUUCUCAAAUUAGCCGGGCUCAUUUAAAGAAUUUCUCGCUGCUCACAACAUGACUGAUUAUUGAAAUUAUUGUCAAAAUUUACUCUCUGAAUAUAUUAAUAGUUAUAAGAAUAUUUAAAAUUAUAUCAUGUCCUUUCGAGACAGAAAUUUUCUCGAAAGUAAUUCCUACACAGCUAUAUUAUCUACUUAUUUACUAAAUACAUAUAUUAAAAUAUUAUGAAUAAUAUACAUAGAUUUGAUAAUAAAAACUGUAAAGCUGAAAAAUAUCGUUUGAAAACUAGCCUACAGAUUGCCUAAAAUAUUUUCUUCUCAAAUUUUCUCAACCUUUCUCCAUCCGUUUAGUUAUCGUUU